CGCCCUCGUUUCGCUCAUAUUUUGGUCUUGUAUUAGCUAAACAUCCAACCUCUAGACCUCCAUCAUCUCCCUACAGAGGACAAUAAAGUACACAGUACUCCGCCCAUUCCAUCUCUUAAUUGAGUACCUUGAACCAUCCAUCUAGCAACCAUGAACUCCACUCUCCUCCGCUCCACCGCUCUGCGCUCUGCUCUCCGCACCGCAGCCCCCAAGUCCGCUGCCCGCGCUGGCAUUGCCGGUACUACCUUCGUCCGUGGAAAGGCUACCCUUCCUGACCUACCAUAUGACUAUGGCGCACUCGAGCCCGCCGUCUCCGGCCAGAUCAUGGAGCUUCACCACUCCAAGCACCACCAGACCUAUGUGACCUCCCUGAACAACUUCUCCGAGCAGCUCGCCGAGGCCCAGCACAAGGAGGACAUUCAGUCUCAGAUUGCCCUCCAGCCCCUUAUCAACUUCCACGGCGGAGGUCAUAUCAACCACACCCUGUUCUGGGAGAACUUGGCUCCUACCUCCCAGGGCGGUGGUGAGCCCCCGUCCGGCCAGCUGUCCAAGGCUAUCAACGACAGCUACGGCAGCUUGGAUGCUUUCAAGGAGAAGUUCAACACCGCUUUGGCUGGUAUCCAGGGCUCCGGCUGGGCUUGGUUGGUCCAGGACACCCAGACCGGAAACAUCCAGAUCAAGACUUACGCUAACCAAGACCCCGUCGUCGGCCAGUUCCGUCCCAUCUUGGGUAUCGAUGCUUGGGAGCAUGCUUACUACCUCCAAUACCAGAACCGCAAGGCCGAGUACUUCAAGGCCAUUUGGGAGGUCGUCAACUGGAAGGCCGCCGAGAAGCGCUUCCAGUAGAUUAAUGCACGAAUGUUUAUGAGACAACAGAAAUACCCUGAUCCCCAACAAAAGCUUGCGUAACGAUAGGGGCGGGGCCCAUCAGUAGAUUGAUACAUAUAAUAGUGCCAGAUAGCGCAGCUUGCAGCAUAGUGUGCCAUACUUUCAAUGAAGAAGUGAAAUCGCAUAUACGUCUCAAGAAGAAUCU